UGAAUUAACAAAUAUAGAGGAAAGUUUUUGCAUAACAGACAAUUAUGAUUUGGAAUCAAUAAUUGAUGAAAUUGACAAUGACGAUGAAAGAGUUUGGUUUAGUUUAACAGAUAUGGAAAAUCUA